AUGCUCCCCCCACCACUGUUCCUUUUGGGAAAAAUCUGUUUUCAAGAUUAUCGCCAUGUGUCCGUUGCAUUCUCACACUAUCACAUCCAACACUUGCUCGCACACCAUGGCUCAAAUUAUACAGCAACAACAGACUCGAAUGCACUCUCUUCUGUAGCAAUAGAAGAGUACUUUAUUGCUUCAGAAAUGUGGCAUGAUUUUCUUGGUGUCGGCCCUGGGCGUCAUCUCUUUCUGGGUGCUAUUCCGCAGGCGGAACAAGACCAACAUCGUAAAUUCUUGGCAAACGUGGCUGCUGCAGAGAAUGUGGCAUUGCUUGAGAUACAACACCGUUUGCAAUCAACAACCACUUCAACACCACUAGUACUUCCGCAAGGCACAUCCAUCACACUACAGAUGCUUAACGCACUUGGUAAAGCCACUAACUCGCUGUCGCCUUCCUUCCGAUCAUUCGAACAGGCACAGCUUAUCACCACCGUCAUCUCCCAAAAAUCUAGCAUACUUACCAUCCAACCCACAGGCUCUGGUAAGUCCCUGCUAUUCCUUGUCCCUGCACUCGUCGAGUCACAUUUGACAACAGUCGUCGUUGUCCCACUUGUCGCACUUUUGGCCGAUAUGAAACGCCGGAUUCAGCAAGCUGGGUUGUCUGUAAUAGAAUAUACUCCGGAUAUCACUAUACAGCACCCCUUACCCAACAUCAUCAUCGUCCAAGUUGAACAUACUAGCAGUCAACGGUUUCUCAACAUUGUGCAGCAAAUCAACGACCAUAAUCAGCUAGCCCGAGUCAUAAUUGAUGAGGUGCAUACAGCAAUCACAUGGCAUUCAUUCUGUCCGGCAUUAUAUACACUCCUUUUCCUCCGUUCACUCACCGUUCCAUUCCUUCUUUUAUCCGCAACAAUUCCACUAUCAUUCGAAUCCGACUUAUGUGACAUGUUUGGCGCAGACCUUUUAAUUAUACGACAGCCGUCAAUGCGGAAAAGGUUUGGUAAUGCAUAUGCGCCAAUGCGACCAAACCUCUGUUAUCAAAUUAUCAACACCACCAAUCCACAAGCUGCAGCCAUAUCACACCUACAAGCUCAGUAUUCACCAUCAUCAUCACCGUUAUCCACCAUCAUCUACUGCUCUGCAGUAGAUGCAACAACAUCUAUCAGUAACAAGCUUAAACAAGCAUUACCGUACUACAGUACACAAAUAUCUUACUUCCACCGUAAUCUUUCGGUAGACGAAAAACAUAAACGAACAACUGCCUUUGUUUCCGGUGAGCUAAAAAUCAUGGUUGCAACAAGUGCAUUCGGUGCUGGCAUCGAUUGCUCAACCAUUGAUACAAUCAUCCACCUUGGCGGCUCUGCAUCAAUCCUUGAUUAUGCACAAGAAACUGGUCGCACUGGUCGCAAUGGUUCUCCUGCUCGGUGUCUGUACUUUGUUGACGUUGAACGCCAAAAAAGACAGAUACAAAGUCUCAAGAGGGUAAACCGGCAUCUAUCUCCGUGGCAAGCAUUUAAUGAUGUCAUUUUGGCAUCAAAGUGCAUCCGGCAGAUACUUGCAGAGUCUUUAGACUCUCAAGUUACCAACUGCUUUAGGUACGGUAAUGUCGAGCUUUGCUCAUAUUGCCAAAAAGUCAAAGAUUCUCCUCUCCCUCCUUCUACUACUGUCCGCCCCUCAACCGAUUGUAUUAUCGAUCAUAUACCACCAUCAAUUCCGACACCAAUUGACGCAUAUCUUGGUCUUUCUCGAAAGAGAAAGUACAUAUCGGAUGCUGACAACUUCAAGUCAGUUAUGAUGAUAGCCAAGGAUCACUGCAUACCUUGCUUAUUCACUUUUAGCAUAGCUGAAAGUGAGCAUGCAACCUCUCCCCAGUGUAUUGCUCAUAUUGGUCAAUGUUUCCGUUGUUUUGGUGACCACUAUGUAUCGAAUCCUGCAUAUGUCAAGCCAGUAAGGGAUGGCUUCUGUAAGAAAUGCCUUGUGCCCAAUCAGUGGAACCAAACCAUCUUCCAUGAUGGUAACUGGUCAAACUGCAGUGGUACCUAUGAGGACCUGCUAUACCGUCUCUGCUGGGCAGCCUAUCGGCGUAAGCCCCAAUUUAUCCGCCAAGCUGGUUUCAAAGAAAGUUACCUUCAAGCAAUUGAAAUUCAACAAGAUUUUGCAUACUGGCUUAUAGCUGCUGGCCCCCACACAUAUCCCAAUAAUGCCAUGCAUCUAGGCCAUAUCAUUCUAUCACACUUCUUUGUUACAUAAAACAUUUACCUCUCUGCUCUCCUCUUUUUAUCUCUUUACACAUACUUUUUCUUCUCCCCUUCUCUUUUUUAUUAUACUAUAUCUCCCUUAUCUCUAUUUUCUCUUUUUCUUCUUGAUUGCCACCCCCUUUUCUCUUAUUUUUUAAAAUAUAUCAUACUUCUUUAUAGAUCGAUUUACACAUAAAAAGGGUGUUCUAGUGCUAAGUGUUUGACUUUGUCCAAAAAUGAUACUUGAUAUCAUUUAUAUAGAUAUGAUACAAAUGCAAAUCAACUACUUGAAGCUGCCAUAUAGCUAUUUAUUAUAUUUUUCAGGUCGAAUGUUUUC